CGCCGCGGCGGGGCGGGCAAGGGAGGCGCCGGCGUGCUCCCGCGGCCCGCUGCAGCGCCAGGCAGGGAGGGAGUUGCUUUCCGGUAAUAGCAAAGGAACGUGAUAUUGAAUGAAAACACACCAACAGCAUCCUCAUUAGUUGGAGCCUGACUCUCUGCUUAAUGUUGGUUUCUUUGUCAUCAGGUCUGCUAAAAAAUGACAGAAUAUAAACUUGUUGUCGUUGGAGCUGGUGGUGUAGGCAAGAGCGCCUUGACAAUACAGCUAAUUCAGAAUCACUUUGUGGAUGAAUAUGACCCUACAAUAGAGGAUUCCUACAGGAAGCAAGUAGUAAUUGAUGGAGAAACCUGUCUCUUGGAUAUUCUUGAUACAGCAGGUCAAGAAGAAUACAGUGCAAUGAGGGACCAAUAUAUGAGAACAGGGGAAGGCUUCCUGUGUGUAUUUGCUAUAAACAAUACAAAGUCUUUUGAAGAUAUUCACCAUUAUAGGGAACAGAUAAAGAGAGUUAAAGACUCUGAAGAUGUCCCAAUGGUGCUAGUAGGAAACAAAUGUGAUUUGCCUUCCAGAACAGUAGAUACAAAACAAGCUCAGGAUUUAGCAAGAAGUUAUGGAAUUCCUUUCAUUGAAACAUCAGCAAAAACAAGACAGGGUGUUGAUGAUGCCUUUUAUACAUUAGUUCGAGAAAUCAGAAAACACAAAGAGAAGAUGAGCAAAGAUGGUAAAAAGAAGAAAAAGAAGACAAAGACAAAGUGUAUAAUUAUGUAAAUACAGUUUAUCCUUAUUCUUAAGAAGUACUUAAGUAAUUUUUGUACAUUACACUAAAUUAUUAGCAUUUGUUUUAGCAUUACUUUACUUUCUGCUUCAUGAUCCUGUUAGCUUUACCUGAAUGCUUGUUUUAAAUGACAGUGGAAACUUCAUUCCUCUUAAAGUGCCAGUAUUCUUUGACUGUUGGUUCUUGAACUAGCAAUGCCUGUGAAAAAAAAAAACAA